AUGGUAAAUACCAACGAGGCUGUGUUCGCGGUGGAGUUUAACCUCAGCGACAGCUCCAACAUCAUCACCUGCGGGAAGUCCCACGUCUACUUCUGGACGCUCAGCGCAGGACAGUUCACCAAGAAGCAAGGCAUCUUCGGAAAACACAAGAAGCCGAAGUUCAUCCAGUGCUUUGUGUUCAGUCUGACCGGAGACGUUCUGACCGGAGACUCCGAGGGAAACAUACUGACGUGGGGAAAGUCAGCCGCAGACGUCAAAACGCUCGGGAAAGGAGCCAAAGAGACUUUGCAGAUCAUACGACAGACCCGUGCCCAUGAAGGCAGCGUGUUCACCCUGUGCACCCUGCAGGGGGGGGGUCUGCUCAGCGGGGGAGGGAAAGACCGUAAGAUAAUCCGCUGGAGCGCCGACCUGGCCCCCGAGAGAGAGUGUGAGAUUCCAGAAAACUACGGGGCAGUGCGUACCAUUGCAGAUGUUGAUGGGGAGGAACUAUUAGUUGGUACGACCCGUAAUGCCAUCCUCAGAGGCACCUUCUCAGAUGGAUUUGUGGCCAUAGUGCAGGUUUUGCUGCAUCAUGCCACGUCUGUUCAACUAAUGAAGCAGCAGCUCAAAGUGCUCAAAUAG